UGCAAGGGUCCGCCAUUGUCACCUCCUUUCCCUCAGUCUCUCAGGGAGAGGAAGAGUCAAAAGGAGAUUGGGAAAGCAGGAUUUAGGAUUUUUGGCAGGAUCCUGAGAUUGCCUUGCCUGGUUUAAUCUAACCAAAUACAUCACCUGGUGUUUAUCUGAUUAAUUGCCAUUUGCCCAUCUGACCAGCUGUAUAGUUUUAGAUUACAGAAGCUAGUCAAAUAGUCUGAUCAGUGGCAAAUGGCAUUUAAGGAAAAAACCCUUAUCGCCCAAAGGGUGAUGAAAAUCUGGAGCUCACUACCUGAAAGAUUGGAAGAGGCACCAUGGGGAGAAUCCUAGAGUUGCUGGUUGUUCUCAUUGGGUCUGGGGCUCUCUCUGCCUGUCCGGAGAAAUGUUUUUGCCAUUUAAAACUUGUCGAUUGUCGAGACACUGCCCUGCAGAGCAUCCCAGUGGACAUCAAUCCCAGCACACAGACAUUAUUCCUGGAUGGUAACUCUCUGACUGGAAUCCCUCUCAAUUCCUUCAGCAACUUGGGACAGCUGAACUAUCUCGGUUUAUCUGAUAACCGUCUCAUCCUUCAGAAUGACAUCUUUGAUCCUCUUCCAAGACUGCAGGCUCUGGAUCUCUCUGCAAACCACCUAUCAGAACUCCCAGCGGAUCUAUUUGAAAACCUCUCCAAUCUCACUUGGUUAAAUCUAGCCAACAAUAACUUAUGCAGCAUUCACCUAGAGAAGUCACUCACUAAACUGACCUACCUGGAUCUGUCCAACAAUAACCUCACAGUGCUCCGAGAAACAUUUGAACAUUUUCCUCAACUCAACACGCUGUAUCUUAAGAGUAACCAACUCAAGACACUCCCAGAGACAGGUUUUAGUCAACUGCUUCUCCUCAAAGUCCUUGACUUGUCAAACAACGAACUUACCUCCCUACCUCCCCAGUUCCUCAGUCACCAUCACAAACUGACCGACCUGCGAUUAGAUCACAACCAGUUCACAAACCUCACAGCAACUCUAUUCUCUGAGCUGCAUCAUCUCCAGCAUCUGACCAUCUCGGGAAAUGUCAUCAGUAAUUUUCCACCUGAGGUGUUCGCGAACUUAACAAAACUAUUGAAGCUCGACCUGUCCAACAACUCAUUAACAUUUCUCCCACUGAACUUCCUUUCCAAUCUCAGAGAGCUGCAACUGUUAAAACUGUCUGACAAUUUCAUUGACACCCUGGCAGCUGACGCAUUCAAAUAUAACCCGAAACUCCUUUAUCUGUAUUUAGAUAGCAACAACCUGAGGUACGUGCCGGUAUUUGAUGGACUUUCACAGUUAGAAGAGUUGAUCCUUUCCUUUAACAGCCUGCAGGGUUUUCCAAAGGGAUUUGCUGAUAACCUGGUAAAGCUGAACUGCCUUCAGGUCACUGACAACCUCAUCGGGCAAUGGGACAUCAGAGAGUUUGCAAAUGUGUACUCUGUGCUCCUGAGGAACAAUCCAAUCUGCACAGCCAAGGGCUCAGGAGGACAACCCUCCAACGUCGACUGUACAAAGACACAAUGCUAAUCAGCUUGAAAAUGAUUUUGAAAAGAAUCCCCUUUCAGUUUUACAUAUUAAAAUAUCUGCUGAUUUACACAAAAGCCUCCUGGCAGUGUGAGAACUUGGGUAUUGCUAAAUAGAGAAACAUUUUCAAAACCGGAGCUACUUGCUGAGCAGCUGUUUCACAUUGCUGUAUGCUGAAGCCCCACUUGUAGGAUGUAGCUAUCAGGUCACAUGGGAGCAAGGUCCCCACAUGAUGUCAGGGUCACGCGCCAUAGACUGUCGGUGAUUGGCUGAUCGAAUCAAACAGGAGUUUCCUCCACAGCAAGGUCUGACCCAAUCAGAGCCAACUUGUCAACCAAUCAGCAGCUUUUUGUCCUGCAGUGUAAGUUGUUGUGAUGGUUUGAAAUUUGGUAUUCUUGCACUGGUCCUGAUGAGGACAAAGCAAGAAGCUCAGAAACACACUUGUCUUUUCAAUAAUAUCGACUAUUAGAAGGAAGCAACUGAA